AUGGUUGUGUACUUAGACAUGAGCGUCGUUUCUGCGUCCGGCAAUUCUGUCGACACAGCCUUCCACGUAGGAGCAGCAGCAACAAGGUCCACAUUGGUAGGGAAGUCCACGAGCAACAGCACAAGCGUCACCGGAAUCUCCUUAUUGUAUUUUGACAGAUACUCCAAGAUCUUGGCCACCACGCUCCGGGUGUUGGCCAGGUCGUUGGACUCUGGGAACUCGAUCUUGAGCAGCACAAUGUUCACAUUCUUGAACACCGACCGCGACCGGAAACGUUCAGGGAUCGACGAGAUCGCCAGCGUCCCGGACUCUGUCUUGAUCGUGUUGCUUUUGACCAGCUUGCCCGCCUCGCGGACGUCCUUAAGCUCCAGUUUCGUGGAUAUCCAGUCGGCAGCCUUGUUGAGCCACGUAUCGACAAUCACCAGCAUGCGAAGGUCGUCGUGCACGUACGGAUACAGCUCCGGCACACAGCUUAAAGUGUCGUCGGCAAAACAGUUGGUCUGCUUCACAACGGCUGGUUUCACGCUGGCUUCGCGGAACACCCGUCCAGCAGGAACGGUGUACGUUGGUCUCACCUGGUUGGCAAACGACUGGAUCUCGUUCAACUUGCUCUUUUUCGCCUGCUGUUUCUUGGCAAGCUUCUCGGCAACCGCCUUGAUCGUCUUGAACGUCCUGCGUUUCAGAUUGCUAUCCCUGAACAGCUUGGCCUUGACUUCAAUCAAGGAAACGUUGUUCACCACGGCCCGUGCAGCGGAGUCAAAGUUAGGAGACUCGACAAGCUUCUUGGCAGGUUUCGGAGGCUCAACAAUCUUGACCGGUUCGGGAGAAGGCUGUUUAGGUGGACCAGUAAAUACAGGCUGUUGUUGUUGCACUGGAGCAAAAACAGAUGGCUGUGGUUGCACUUUGGGUGGUUCGGGAAGAACCUCGAUCUUCUCGAUUUCCGGUGGCAGCAUCGGGUGCGGCGACGGCUCAACUGAACUGGUUUCGAAAAUGUCAUUAAUCACUGAAGCAGGAGGAGGUGCCUCAAUUCUCGGCUCAACCUUCAACUUCAGAUCGUUAUUUGGUAUUCCUGAACUGACAAUGUCCUGGUAUGUGCUGUUCAUCAUUUUGUAG